CGCCCGGGGGAAUCCCAGCGGCGGCCGGAGCCGGGCGGGCAUCCCCCGACUGCCGGAGCCGGGCGGGCAUCCCCCGGAGCGGCGGGGGCGGCGCAGAGUUUACUCUUUUCUCCAUUAAGUCAGCUCCCAGUUUCUGAGUGCAAAAUAUUUGGCAGUAUGUCCAAGGGGAGAGAAGCAUCUCGUGCUGGUUCUGAGCAUAAGGAGUUUUGAGACUGACUGAUCUCUCAGGAGCAAGAAUCAACAUUUCAACAGCUGAUGGACUCGGAGCUCCUGAACAGGCUGCGCCAGGCCAACCAGGAGCUUCUGCAAAGGCUGAGAAUAAAGCAGGAGGAGAUCAGAAAAGGACUUCCCAGCAAGAAACGCCUUCCAGCAGCUCUUCAUGGCAGUCCAGCUGCUGAGAGAUGGAUCCCCUUGUCCAGCAGAGUGAAGGAAAAUGAGGCUGAUGCAGUAAAAUCUACAGCUGACCCUGGAAUAAUGGUGUCUGUGGAACCCAGAGGUGGCCCAGCCCUCAGCUCAUCUCUUAAACACAGCAGCAGUGCCAGAGGGCUACAGCAACAGCAAGCAAACACACAGGAAGGAGCAGACCUCAAUUCCAGCCUUCCUGGGAAAGAGAAGAGUGUUGUGCCAGUGUCAGCAGUCACUACGUGUGGCAGAGAAGUCUCCAGAGUGGAUGGGGAUGGUGGUGCUCAAGGAAGUCCAGAGAAAGAAUCCUUCUUCCUGGGACAUGGAGAGAACAGAAAACAGUCUGCUGUGCUGCAUGGUUUCCAUGAGAAAAGUCAUCCAGGGCCAUCACAAAACAAAGACACCAGUAAGAAGCAGGUGGUCAUCAAAGAGCCCCGUGUCCCUAAAUCAGCCCUGCUGAUGUCUCCAUCCAAACAGCCGAAGAAGGAAACUCGUCAUGUGACUUUUCAGUCUGACCCUGAAGAAGAUGCCAUACCUGUCAGCAGCUGGUCUGCCCAUCCUUUACUGGGCUAUGACUGGAUUGCAGGGCUUCUUGAUACAAAGUCUCCAGUAACAGAAAAAUCUGAGCAAUACUUUGCUGAGCUGCAUGAGUUCCGACAGUCCAACAGAGAAACCUGUAUUCAUCAGCAGCACCUGGAGCCUGAGGCUCUGGAUUGCACCAGUCCUGAAGAAGAACUGGAUUUGAUAAUUGGUUCUCAUAAGUGUGUUUACUGUUACGGAUUAAACCAGCGCCUCUUCACCAUCCCUGCGGAUGCAGAGUCUGCCUGCCCUGUGUGUAAGAUCCCACGUAGCCAGCAGCCCCCAGGGACACUGGAGGAGCCAGCCUAUGUCAGGGUCAGCAUUCCCAGGUCUGCCCUUUUGCCAGCCCACAAGUACAAAGCCCACCGCAGGAGGAGCUUUGAGCCAGCAGAUGAUCUUGCCCUGCCCUCGCAUUGCAUGGCUGGCUGGGAAAACAUGGUUCCUUCCAGCAGCACCCUGCUCAGCAGUUUGGAUCUGAGAGCCUCACUGGAGGAGAAGCCUUCUCCCUGCCCUCACCUGGACUCAGUGUCCAGAGUGUCAGGAAAAGCCAGAACUGCCAAGUUUCUACACCUGCCUCACUUGGCUCACUGAGGUUCAGCAGAGCAAACCAGGACAGCAGGCAGCAGCUCUCAGUUCAGACCCCACUCCCUCAACACUCUGGAUCAUGACUUGAUUGCCCUGGGGAAGGGAUGGGCAGGCACGUGGAAACAGCUCAGAAACAAAGCAAUUUGGAUAAAAAUAAAUCUUUGGACAGAUUUCCCCCAGUUUUCAUAGUCAUGCACUUCAGUGAGCAGCUAAUUUAUACAGAUCUGAGCUUGUACAGUCACUGUGUUCACUUUGCAUUUUUUGCCUUUUACAGCUACUGAGCAGCUGCAUGAACUGUCCCAGCUAGGCUGGAUGAAGUCCUGUGUGCAGGAUCUUUAGGGCAUCUGCCACCUCAGCUGAGAACCAGUGUGGCAUUAACUCUGAAUGCCAGCUGAGGAAUUGGCCUGUGAAGGGCCUGGCUCAGUGGAGUGACACAAAUAUGUUUAUUUUCAGAUAUUUGAAACAUGACACACAGUUUUCUACUGAGUUAAACUUGAGUUCCUCAGUGAUUUGUAAAAAAUUUUAAAAUUCAGUUUAUUCUCAGUGCAAUGUAUGUAGCUACAGAAUGUAGUACAACAGAGUAACUUUGAAUGUGAAAAAAAUCUUAAAUGAGAUUUAAUUAAUCAAUGAGCUAGAUAAUGCCUUAAAAUGGUUGCAUAUUUUGCUUACCUCUACUAUUCCAAGUUUUCUGGAAAUAAACCAAAAAAGCAUUUUAGAAUUUUUGAAUUGUACAAAACCAAACUACUUCACAUAGUGUGAUUUGUUUAAACUUUAUAGACCAAUCUUACUUUCUGUGUCUGAAAACAAUAAAACUGAUGGUUUAUUUUGCUUU